GGUGUCUUCCACGUUUACACCGGACGUGGCAGUCUAUGCAGCACUUUGAAACGCGAUCGGUGUCUGGUGUUUAAUAUUUCUCUUCUUCCUGGUUAAUAUCACCUAGCCCUGUAAGUUCAACUGUUCUCGGCCAGUUAUGGGGCUCACCAUUUCGUCCAUCUUCGGCCGGCUGUUUGGAAAGAAACAAAUGAGGAUUUUGAUGGUUGGACUAGAUGCUGCUGGAAAAACAACCAUCCUGUACAAACUGAAGCUUGGUGAAAUUGUAACCACUAUCCCAACCAUCGGUUUCAACGUGGAGACGGUAGAAUAUAAAAAUAUCAGUUUCACGGUCUGGGAUGUGGGUGGCCAGGACAAGAUCCGACCUCUUUGGAGGCAUUAUUUCCAGAACACACAAGGCCUGAUCUUUGUAGUUGACAGUAACGACAGAGAAAGAGUUACUGAAUCUGCUGAGGAGCUCUCAAAGAUGCUGCAGGAAGACGAGCUGAGAGAUGCUGUUCUGCUGGUCUUUGCUAACAAACAAGACCUUCCGAAUGCCCUAACAGUCAGCGAACUAACAGACAGACUUGGGUUGCACUCUCUCCGCAGCAAAACUUGGCACAUUCAGUCAACCUGCGCCACCCAGGGCACUGGGCUCUAUGAAGGGCUUGACUGGCUAUCCAGUGAGUUGUCCAAGAGCUAAUCGAGGACAAACUGGACCGAGGAGGGAGACUGAACGCCACACCACAGGACGGGACGGGGGAGAAGGCACAGACACUCGAUUAAGAAACGGCAGCAAUGUUCCCAAAAUGGACAAAGCUCUAGACCUCUAAUCAUCCAUGACAUUUACUUGUUUUCUUAUAUUACCAGACUCUCUCUUUAUAGUCUCUUGUUUCUCUGCCCUUGUUUCCAGGUAUUUUCUGUUUCAUAAAGAGCAAAUUAGACCUUUUGGAUAUUUCAUAGCAACACAAAUUUAAUAGACCUCCUUUACAACCUUUCCUGAGCCUUAUUGGGGGGAUAUGAAGAUAUUACUCCAGAGGUUUGGUGAAGGACGCUUAGCAGGCCGUUCCCCUUUAGCUUCCUGUGGAUAUUCGACUCCCUCACAAAUGCGACCCUGGGCUCCUCACUGCCGUGUCUCCGAUCCCAUGCUGGCCCAUCUCUGUGAAGUUUUUGUGGAGGGAAUUGAAGCAGGAUUGCAGUGAUUUUUGUUUAACUCCAAAAAAAGAACUGUGUGCCUUCUGGUCCCGUUUUGCACAAACAUUAGCUAUUCAUUCCUUGUAGCAUUAUUAGAUAACGCUUCUCUUUACGAUUGAUUUGUGUCUUUAUACUGUUUGCAAGUAAAAAAUGUUCUAAAGCUCUUUGUUUUGUGCCUAGCGCAGCAGAAGCUCACUACGGAGCGUAGAUGGCUUACUUACUACUCGAUUGAAUUAUGGAUCUGGAUUUCUGACUGUUUAAAUACUUCUGGACUGUUUUCCACUCAUUCUUUGUGUUUUAAUAAAAACCACAAAAACAUGAA